UGCCGAGGUGCUGAUCCGGGCGCCGCCGACCCCAGCUGCCGGGAGGAAUCCAUGAGCGCACGACCUCGGCUAUGGACACCGUCCUGUCGGAUUUUGUUCGCUCGACGGGGGCAGAGCCGGGACUGGCCAGAGACCUCCUCGAAGGCAAGAACUGGGAUCUGAGCGCAGCCCUGAGUGACUUUGAACAGCUAAGGCAAGUGCAUGCCGGCAACCUACCCCAUUCCUUCAACGAAGGACGCAACUAUAAACCCCCCGCCCCCGGCCCCGCCCCGCCCCCCCCGCCGCUCCAGCGGCAGGAUGAUAUUGUGCAAGAAAAACGCCUGUCUCGAGGCAUUUCCCACGCCAGCUCGACCAUUGUCUCCCUGGCCCGUUCCCACGUCUCCAGCAACGGCAGCAGCGAACAUCUGCUGGAGAUGCCCAUCUGCACCUUCCAGCUGCCCGACCUCACCGUGUACACCGAGGACUUCCGCAGCUUCAUCGAGCGAGACCUCAUCGAGCAGUCGAUGCUGGUGGCUCUGGAGCAGGCCGGUCGUCUGAACUGGUGGGCGAACGUGGAUCCCAGCUGCCAAAGGCUGCUCCCCCUGGCCACCACGGGCGACGGGAACUGCCUGCUCCAUGCCGCCUCCCUGGGUAUGUGGGGGUUCCACGAUCGGGACCUCAUGCUUCGCAAAUCCCUUUACACCUUGAUGGACAAAGGCGUGGAAAGGGAAGCCCUGAAGCGGAGGUGGCGUUGGCAGCAAACGCAGCAGAACAAGGAGUCUGGUCUUGUUUACACCGAAGAGGAGUGGCAGAAGGAGUGGAACGAGCUGACCAAGCUGGCAUCCAGCGAGCCGCGCGUGCACUACGGCACCAACGGGGGCGGCUGCGGAGGCGUUGAAAGCUCGGAAGAGCCGGCGUACGAGAGCCUGGAGGAGUUCCACGUUUUCGUCCUUGCCCACGUGUUGAAGAGACCCAUAGUGGUGGUGGCGGACACGAUGCUGCGAGACUCGGGGGGAGAAGCUUUUGCUCCUAUUCCCUUUGGAGGGAUCUAUCUUCCCUUGGAAGUCCCAGCCAACAAAUGCCAUCGUUCUCCCUUGGUACUGGCUUACGACCAAGCCCAUUUUUCUGCCCUGGUAUCCAUGGAGCAGAAGGAACCCACAAAAGAUCAAGCUGUGAUCCCCCUGACGGACUCCGAGCACAAGCUGCUCCCCGUGCACUUUGCCGUGGAUCCCGGGAAGGAAUGGCAGUGGGGAAAAGACGACAGCGACAACGUCAGGCUGGCCAGCGUGACGUUAUCACUGGAAGCAAAGCUGCACUUGCUGCACAGCUACAUGAAUGUUAAAUGGAUCACGUUGCCUUGUGACAUGCAGGCACCUUUGGCCCAGCCGGAAUCCCCUACAGCCUCCGCGGGCGACGAUGCUCGCUCAGCUGCCGAGUCGGGAGAGUCGGACAAGGAGUCGGUCUGCAGCAGUUCGGCGAGCAACGGCGGCAGCAGGGCUUGCAAGGACAAAGAGAAACCAAAGAAAGACCGAGAAAAGGAUAAGGAAAAAGAUAAAAAACGGGCAGACUCGGUUGCCAAUAAGCUGGGCAGCUUCGGCAAGACGUUGGGAAGUAAGCUAAAAAAGAACAUGGGUGGCUUGAUGCACAGCAAAACUAUCAAGGGAGGCGUGAGCAACGGGCAGGGAGAUACCUUGGAGAAGAAGAAGAAAGGAUCCUUGAAGACAAGGAAAGGCAGCAAAGAGGAAUCUUCCCAAGGAGACUUGUCAGCUCCUGUGGAGAAAACCUGCCCGGGUAAAGCAGCCCCCGAGAAGCCGUCGGACCCCUACAAAUACAGCAACGACGUCAGGCUGAGCCUGAGCAUCCUCCGGGCCGCCAUGCAGGGAGAGCGCAAGUUCAUCUUCGCCGGCCACCUCAAGACCAGCAACCGGCACCAGUACCAGGAGGAGAUGAUCCAACGGUACCUUCUGGACGCCGAGGAGCGCUUUAUGGCCGAGCAGAAGCAAAAGGAGGCGGAGAAGAAGGCGCAGGGGAGCGCUGCCCCUGCCAAGAAGCUGGAGCCGGAGGUGAACGCCCACAAGGGCGAGGAAGCGAUGCUCAACCCCGCUUACCCCCAGCCUCCCCCUGCGUACGCCAUCCAGGCCCCGGAUCUGGCCAUAAGCGCUAAAAUAGCAGCUUUUCCCUCCGGCUAUUCGGGCGUUUUCACCUUUCCCAGACCCUCCACGGUCAACAGCGUGGAAGGGUCGCAUCCCCCCAGCUAUCAAGACAGCAGGCGGCAGGUAGCCGGGGGGUCCUGCAGCAGCCUCCCUCCCUACGCUACCUUACCCAGACAUUGCACCCAGGCGCAGCCGAGCCCCUACCAAACCAGCCCUUCCCACCUGGGGAGGUUUUCCCCCACGGACAUGGACGUCCAUCCCAGCUACCCGUCGGAGUGCGACGGCUCAGCCUGCCUCCCCCCGCACAGCAACGGCUACAGGGAAUACCUCGAGCAGGACAGCUCGCAGAAAGGAACGCCGGCGGACAAAACUAAAAGCCGAGUUCUUUAUAACGUUCAGCAGACCAAAUGCAAGCAGCCGAACUGCAGUUUUUACGGGCAUCCGGAAACUGGGAAUUUCUGCUCCUGCUGUUACAAAGAGGAGCUGAAACGCAAGGAGCGGGAGGCUCUAGUGCACAGGUUCUGAGCGCCCUGCCCCAGCGCUGAUCUUGGGACCCACGAAAGAUGGGGAAUGCAAUAAUAUAUAUAUUUUAUUUUGGGUUUGGUUUUUUUUUAAACUCCCCCCCCCACGCUCCUCUCCCUGUCUGUGGAAGGA